GUGGGACAUAAUCCGCUGAUCCUGCAGAAGCUCCUGCACCUCAUCUGGACGCACGCGCGGCACUUGGCGGGCUAUGAGCAGCAGGACGCGCACGAGUUCUUCAUUGCUGCUCUGGAUGUGCUGCACCGACACUGUCAGGGCAAUUCUCCAAGCAAUGGUGAUAGCAACCACUCCUGCUCGUGCAUCAUAGAUCAGAUCUUCACAGGCGGGCUGCAGUCUGACGUCGUAUGUCAGGCAUGCAAUGGAGUGUCAACAACCAUAGACCCAUUCUGGGACAUUUCCUUGGACCUGGGACCGUGUCCAUACAGCGGUAAGAGCAAGGGCGCAGCUGCUACGGCUCCCACGUCUCUCACCGACUGCCUGGACAGGUUUACCAGACCUGAACAUUUAGGGAGCAGCGCGAAGAUUAAGUGCAGUGGCUGCCAGAGCUAUCAAGAAUCAACAAAGCAGCUGACAAUGAAAAAACUUCCUGUUGUGUGCAGCUUUCAUUUGAAACGGUUCGAGCACAGCAAUCGUCUCCACAAGAAGAUCUCAACUUUCAUAUCAUUCCCUGAACACUUGGACAUGACUCCGUACAUGUCCAACAGACGAAACAAUAACAACAAUCAUAAUAACGGAGUAGCUCAUAGAAAUACUGAUGUAAAUAAUAGGUACUCGCUGUUUGCUGUAGUGAACCAUGUGGGCUCGCUGGACGCUGGUCACUACACGGCGUACGUCCGGCAGCACCGCGACCAAUGGUACCAGUGCGACGACCACCUCAUCACACGCGCUACCAUCCAGGACGUGCUGCGCUCUGAAGGGUAUCUCCUGUUCUACCACAAGCAAAUCCUGGAGUACGAAUGAGAAGUCAUCCUUGGAGACUCCAAUCUAGUUACCUUGAACCACAUUCUUCUCGAUAGUCAAUUUCAGUGUCUGUACUGAAGGGAACGAAAUUACGCCCUUUUAAAAUAAUUUGUUUGUUUUCUUCUAUUAUCGCUGGCUUGUGCACGACAUCGUUGCAUACGUGAAGAGAAAAUAGGCGUAGUUAUUAUGCCCUCUAACGUUAGUGAGCUCUGGGCUAGUCUGUCUAACCCGAAUGCGGUUCAGCGUUUUUCUGUACUGAUUAAAUGCUAAUAUUUAUGAACCAUUGGAUUACCCAAACAAAGUUAAUUUUUCUCUGUUGUGUCCUACGUUCGUUAUGAUUCUGAAAUUUUGAUCGGAUUGUGUGAAAAUAAUUUUAAUCAAAUUAUCGAGUUUGUGCCACACUGUGAGCACUUGAUUGUUGCUAUGUAGUCCUUGCAAUGUACCUGCUUUAUGUCGAGUAAAAUUGUCCUGAAUUUGUUUAUUGUCACAUUGUUAAGUUAGCUCCUUUGUUACUGUAUAAUUUCACGUGUCAAUUUUCACGUUGAUUUUCUCUGUUAUUUCACUACCCGUGUCAGUCGGUGCAUUUUUCUUUGUGUAUUGUUUUGAUGAAGCGAUCAACGCUACAGGUUGUGUUCUCCGAUUCAUGUUUUUUUUUUUUGGGUAGCAUUGGUGCUAUUCUACUCAGUAUUGGGUAAUUCUAGGUUUACUGUGAGCCAGCCUCACUCACUGUACUGUGUGUUCCGUAUCAAUGAAUGCUUGAGUGUAC